GAAGCAAGGAGGGGCAUUUUUCUAGUGAGGUGAGGGUUAGUGGUGUAUGAGAGAUUGUCGAGCCAGCGAUGCAGCCAAAGAUGUGCUUUAGACAUCGAUUAUGAAGUUACGUAGGUUAUAAAAAAGUUAAUGUAAAUAGGACUCGCGUUUAUAUGCCUGCCUCAUACCAAACAGGAACGCUCGACGACAAAUCAGCGUGGGACUUUUGGGAGAAACCUGGGGACACAGAUGGACUUGGUUAAAGCAAUCGAGCUAGCUACAUAGCGUAACAAACUAGCAUAUUAGCUAACAUAUUUUGUUCUUAACUACCUGUGCGCAUUGGAUUGUUUUAGUCGGUAGAGGUUAAGUACCUACUUAGUUGGAAAUGCUAACCACAUUGAUACAGCAUAAACUUGCAGAGGUGGAUCUGAAGGGGGAAAGAAUGCCCUCGGUGUGACUGCACUCGGUCAAGCCUAACCCUGGCCAUUCUUCUGCUUUCCAAAAGAGAAAAUGAUGGCAAUGAGGAGCCCGACUCUGCCUCGGCAGCGACACGGAGAGGUGGUAAAAGUGGCAUGGAUACAGUAUGGUUCUCGGCCUAUCCGAGGAUGGACUUGGGCCCUGCUCCCCAAGUUAACAUCUCCCCAGGCAUAUCACGUGAAACGGCUCCAGAGUUGACGUUGUAUUCGGUUGUUGGAGGAGAUCCAAAACCGGGAGCGGACAUAUGGGCCACAACAGGAAUUGCCAGUGCUGGUACCAUGGGGCAUGGUCUGUUUGAAGAUGCAAGCAUAUCAUUGCCAUCUCAAAAAGAAGGAACGGCCAACUAGAUAUCAACAUACCUAAGUCCACAGGUACACUUGUAUGCUCAUUUUUUUCCUCAGCCGCCUUCCGCCAUAUAUGGGGAUCGAAGAAAAUGAUGCUCUGGACGGUCAGGAAUAUGAAGAGGAGGAAGUAACUUUUCCACUUACUGCACCGCCUCCUAAUCAGUGGUAUCAUGGGAAGCUGGACAGGACAAUAGCAGAGGAACGCUUGCACCAGGCUCAAACACCAGGCGGCUACCUCAUCAGGGAGAGUGAUCGUCGGCCUGGCUCUUUUGUGCUGUCUUUCCUUAGCGUGACUAGUACUGUCAACCACUUCAGGAUCAUUGCCAUGUGUGGAGACUACUGUAUUGGAGGGUGUCAUUUUUCCUCCUUGUCAGACUUGAUUGGUUAUUACAGUUAUGUCUCCUGUCUGCUGAAAGGAGAAAAGCUUCUUUCACCUGUGGCUCCCCCAGAGCCUGUUGAGGAUCGGCGAAGGGUGCAAGCCAUUCUCCCAUACACAAAAACUGAAACUGAUGAGCUCAGUGUUGUACUCUACAGUUUUCUGAAAGGAGAUAUGUUUAUAGUUCACAACAAAGAUGAAGAUGGCUGGAUGUGGGUGACAAAUGUCCGAACUGAUGAGCAAGGCCUUAUUGUGAAAAAUUUAGUAAAAGAAGUGGGACGAGAAGAGGAUCCUCAUGAGAAAAAUGGAUGGUAUCAUGGGAAGAUAACCAAGCAAGAGGCCUAUACUCUACUCAAGACAGUUGGACAGGUGUCUAGUUUUUUAGUAAGACUGUCAGACAGCACACCUGGAGAUUACUCUCUCUUUUUCCGCACCAGUAAAAACAUCCAGUGCUUUAAAAUCUGCCCAACAUCAAGCAACAACUUCAUGAUGGGAGGUCGUGUCUAUAACAGGUGAACAUGGGUAAUAGAACAUUAUAGGAAAGAACAGAUUGUUCAGGGUUAUGUUCUGAAAGAUGCUGUACCUGCCCAGUGCCAGGAGCAGAUACUUGUUGACUUUGCAGAGGGAAGAGAAAUCUACAAAACUCUACGUCGAAAAACAAAGGAUGCAUUCUACAAAAACAUUGUAAAGAAAGGGUAUCUUUUGUUUAACAAAGGAAAAGGAAAAAGAUGGAAGAAUCUCUACUUCAUUCUGGAAGGGAAUGACUCUCAACUCAUAUAUUUUGAGAGUGAAAAGCGAGCCACCAAACCAAAGAGUCUAAUUGACCUGUGCGUAUGUUCUGUGUAUGGUGUACACGACAGUAUGUUCAGCAGGCCAAACUGUUUCCAAAUAGUUUUUGAGCAGUUGUUUAGUGAGGAACACUAUAUCUUCUACUUUGCAGGGCAGACCCCUGAGCAAGCUCAGGACUGGAUGAAAUGUCUGCAAACCUUCUGCAGUAACCUUAGGAAACCUUCCCAGUCUUCGUCAAACAAACGCCUUCGCCAAGUGAGCAGUUUACUUCUCCAUGUUGAAGAGGCUCACAAACUGCCCAGUAAACAUUUUACAAAUGCCUACUGCAACGUCUACCUAAACAGUAUUCAAGUUGCGAAGACCCAUCCCAGAGAGGGCCAGAACCCUGUUUGGACUGAGGAGUUCAUCUUUGAUGACUUGUCAGGUGACAUCAACAGAUUUGAAAUCACUCUAAGCAAUAAGACGAAAAAGAGCAAAGAGAGUGAUAUCUUAUUCAUGCGAUGCCAGCUAUUUAGAUUGCAGAAGGGCCAAAUGAUUGAUGAGUGGUUUCCUCUGACCUCACAUGUACCUCUAAAGGGUAUCGAAGCUGGCUCACUGCGGGUCAGAGUACGGUACUCUAUGGAGAAGAUCAUGCCUGAAGUGGUUUAUAGUGAGUUCAGAGAGCUGAUUCUGCUGAAGGAGUUUCAUGUCAUAAAUGCAUUAGCAAAUGUCUGUGGACAGGACCGCACUUUUCUGGCUAGUAUUCUACUCAGGAUAUUCAGACAUGAGAGACUUGAAGCCCAGCUAAGGGCACUUAACAGCAGGGAAAUCAGCAUGGAGGAUGAAGCUACUACACUCUUUUGUUCCACGACCCUGGCCAGCACUCUUAUGGAGCAGUACAUGAAAGCUGCGGCAACUCCUUUUGUUCACCACGCUCUUAAAGACACAAUCUUAAAGAUUAUGGAAUGCAAGCAGUCUUGUGAGGAGCCAUACAUGGAGGGAGUAAAUUCAUUCAUCAAGAGUAACAAACACAGAAUGAUCAUGUUUUUGGACGAGCUAGGGAAUGUUCCUGAGCUCCCUACCACUACGGAGCACUUCAGCACUCACCUGGCCCGGGACCUAGCUGCCCUCCAUGAUCUCUGUGUGAGCCAUUCGGAUGAGCUGCGUAUCCUCAGCAAUGAGAGGGGUGUACAUCAGCAUGUGUUGAAAAAACUUCUAGCAAUCACAGAGCUUCUUCAGCAGACUCAAAGCCAGUAUGCUGGACCCAGCAUUACCAGAUAGUAUACUAUAGCAAGACUGUAAAGAUUUUGUGGCUUUGUUUGGCUGUUGUGGUUCUCCAAUUCACAGUUCCCAAAUUCUGUGUAUUUUAUUACAUAUGACCAAUACGUAUGUAAAAUGUCAUUUGGGAAAACAGAACAUUUGUUUUCGCCUUAAGUGCCUAGUUCUGAAGAACAUUCAGGUUUAUUGAUUGUUAAUCUGUGGGAGGUUUUAAAAAUGCUACUACUUAUUAACACCCAAUAUUUCAUACUUUUGGUAGCUGGAUAUACUACUGUCAUAUGAAUAUGGUAGGAUUAGCUGAAGAAAUUUGUAACAGUGAAUGUAGAUUCAGAUCAAAUGGGGAACCAAAGUUCAGUUCCUGUUGUGCUGGCUUCACACACGCAACUUAGAAUUUAUCAUUUUUCCUAUUUGCUUAUUGGAAUGUGUGCACAUUUGACAUGCCAGCUUCACAUUUUCUGUAAGUAAUGACAAACUUAACAGUUAAUUUGAAAAGAAAAAUAGAAGAAGAACAUGCAUAUCACUGCAGCAUGCACAAUGGUUAGCUUCUUUUAAUGCAAAUUGAAUUUUUGGCAUGGAGAGGUUGAAAGUUGAUUUUAACAUAGUUGAAUAUCCUAAUGAUACGCAUUCUGAAUCAUUUGAACUGUUUGAGCAAAAUGAAUCAGUUGCUUCGAUCAGAUUCAAAGUUUUGAAACCACUCACGCACUUACACACAUGCAUGUGCUUUCCCAAAAGGUAUUGAAAACAAUGUGAACAUUUUCACUUUUAAAGCUUUAUUUUCUGGCGGUCACUUGCAGUGCUUCGCCACUUAUGCACAAGAAUAAGACACAUUUAAUCAGUAUUAUUGUUUUCAGAAGUGCAAAUAAUUCUAAAGCGAGUGAGCUAAUCCAGUAUGUGAUGACUCAGUAAACUUAAGUUUUGAAUUUCUUUAAACACAAGACUAUGUAAAGAUUUAGAGUUCCUAAAGAGAUCCCCUCUUUUGUUUCUACCAUCGCUAAAUAUGCCCAGGUUAAAAGACGAAUGGCUAUUGCCAAGACAUAUUUUAGUAAUACAAAGUGUAUGUGUUUCACUGCUCAAAAAUGUGUGCCUUUUUCCUGCAUUCUGUGUCUGGCAAAGUGUGGCCUUGGCCCAGAUUUGGGGCUUUUCUCAUGAAUAUACAUUCAUUUUGCUUGCAAGAUGUAGCAAUACAUAAUAUUUGAACAUGCUCAUUAACCCUCUCAGCAAGGAUAGGAUCAUGAGUUGUAGUGACUCUAAUGGUUAGCCAAAGAGCUAAGAUAAAUCUGUAUACCAUCAAAUAGGAAUGUUUGAUGAUUAAAGAUUCCUACAAACUUAAGCCUUCUUUAUUCACCAAUAAAUGUAGAUGAAUGAUGCAUUGCAACCUAAAGUGAUUUUUGUAACUGACAAGGGCUGACAUUCUUUAUAUUCUGUAUAGGACGGAUUUGUUGUCUGUUCAUACGAAUACUAAAGCCAGUUGGAAAACUAUUUAGUUUUAUAUUCCAGUGCUAUAUAGGAAGCACAGUGCAAAUAAAGAUAUUUUGUAUCAAAACAAUUAUUUUGCUAGCAACAUGAGUUUGAAAAGAUCAUUGAUUUUGUCUUUGAUUUUUGUAUGUCUUCGAUGAGUAUGUAAUGACAGUAUGAGUAAAUGUCAUCACAUAUGCAUGCACACAGCUUACUGUUUUGUAAAAUAUCAAUCAUUUCUCUCUAAUAUAUGCAAAUAAAUCAAAUGCAUUUCCCUUCUUUGAA